AUGUUUCCAGCCGGUUCAAUCUGGAGACUUUACGCCGUUUCGGCCGUGAUUGCUCUCGUUAGCCUACCAGCCGUGGAGCUUGCCGAAGUCCAACGACACCCCCUUUCACGAAGAGCCGCGAAGCCGCCACCAGUCGGAGCGCCAGGCACGAAUAUUCGCUGUGGUAACAGCUGGAAUGCAACAGCUUACAUACCAGCAGGCCAUAGCUCUUGCAUAGCAGACGAUGGUCUACCUUACUUUUGUAUAACGUCUACAUGCCAUCUAGAGAAACGAAGAGACCCGAAAACAGUCCCCGGCUUCCGUCUCGAGGACUGGGCGUUUAUAGGCUGCACACGGUACCCCGAUGAACAAGAUGCACAAGAUGUGAAGCCUGUAGAAGUACCACUAAUGCAUCCAACCCAAUUCUGGGCUGAUAAUCGCAGGAGACAGUUAGUGGCUAGGGGUCGGGAUCCAUCAGGUGAUCAAAAGAUACGUCCAUACAAAUGCGGGUGGACCGAACCUCUUGAUAUCAACAACCAAAGAAUUGUGUGUGGUAGAUGUACCCGCCAAAACUUCAAAGAUCUGAAUCCGCCGAAGAUCCCUGGGGCGUGGUGA